UCCAAAGCGAGUGUACCGUUCUUUUGUUAAAAUGUCCCGCCGGCUUUUCGUUUCCCUGUGUACCAUCUUUGUGGUAGUGUCCUGCGCCCAAUGCUUGUUCCUCAAUCCCUACCGGAAGUAUUGGCAACCGAGUGGCACUCUUUACAAGCAAGGGCCCGCUAAGGACCACGGAAAACCCCUCUUUCUCACACCGUUCAUUGAAGCGGGUAAAAUCGACGACGGGCAGAAGGCCGCACGCGUGAACCACAGUCGAAUCCGUGACAUCGAAUCGUACGCCGGCUUCCUUACGGUCGACAAGCUGUACAACUCCAAUCUGUACUUUUGGUACUUUCCGGCAAAAAACAACGCCACCACGGCUCCGUUGCUGCUCUGGCUGCAAGGUGGCCCGGGAGCCUCGUCGUUGUUUGGAUUAUUUGCUGAAAACGGUCCGUUCUCGAUAAGCAAGCAUUUAACAGCCUGGCCCCGGGAACACUCCUGGUACGAGAACCACAAUCUCCUGUACAUCGACAACCCGGUGGGGACCGGGUUCAGCUUUACCGAUAGAGAAGCCGGUUACGCGCGCAAUCAGGUGCAGAUUGGCGAGGAACUGUACUCUGCCGUGGUGCAGUUUUUGCAACUUUUCCCCCACCUGCAAACGCUCCCGUUCUACAUCACGGGCGAGUCGUACGCCGGCAAGUACGUGCCAGCGCUCGGUCACACGAUCCACCGGAAGAACGGUGACCCGCAGACUCCUGUGGAGCACUACAUCAAUCUCGCCGGCAUGGCCAUCGGUAACGGGUUCAGUGAUCCCAUCAAUCAGCUGAACUACGGCGACUAUCUCUACCAGCUGGGACUGAUCGAUGCGAACGCGCUCGAGCACUUCCAGCACGACGAGCAAACCGUGGCCGAGUGCAUCGUGAAAGGCAACUAUCAGUGCGUGUUCGAGGUGAUGGACGCGCUGCUCGACGGUGACGCCAAUGGCGGUGGUUCCUUCUUUCGCAACGUGAGCGGUUUCGAGAUGUACUACAACUACCUACACACGGCCCCAGACCCCUCAGAUGUCGUCGAACAAAUGAAUCUGAUUGCUUUUCUCAAUCUCGACGAAACUCGCCCGGCUCUGCACGUUGGCGACCAGCCUUUUCACGACCUAGACGCCGACAACAAGGUGGCCCGCUUUCUGGAGGAAGACAUCUUCCAGAGCGUCGCAUCGUGGAUCGAGGAUCUGCUGCAGCACCGCCACCGGAUACUAUUCUACAACGGGCAGCUGGACAUCAUCUGUGCAUAUCCGAUGAUGGUGAACUAUCUGCAGGCGCUCAAGUUCGACGACGCCGACUACUACCGCCGGGUGCCGCGUGGAAUUCUCACGAUCGAUGGAGAAAUUGCCGGGUACUUCAAGCUGGCCCUUACCCUAACGGAGGUGAUCGUGCGCAAUGCCGGCCAUAUGGUGCCGCGCGAUCAACCGAAAUGGGCCCACCGACUGAUUACGGCCUUCACUCACCCGCUAACUGCGGAUGAGUUCAUAUCCGUCUCGUACACGUAGCUUUCGCAUGGAACCGAUCAGAUGGCGAGUUGAAUUUUAGGUUAAUAAAAGGGAUUCGGCGGAUCGCCCUA